GUAGAACAAGAAUAACCUUCUUUACAUAACCUAGAAAUAUUUUAACCUAAAACGUCAAUAAGUUCUCGAAAAAUGUAAAAUAUACAUAAUAAAACAGUAAAGUUAUUCGAAUAAUACGCUGAAGGUUAAUUAAUUAAUCAUGGGUAAAGUUUCUAAAGAUAAAAGGGACAUUUUUUAUCGCAAAGCUAAAGAAGAAGGAUGGAGGGCUCGAAGUGCGUUCAAGCUGCUACAGAUAGAUGAAAAAUUCCACAUUUUAGAUGGAGUUAAGCGAGUAGUGGAUUUAUGUGCUGCUCCAGGCAGUUGGAGUCAGGUAUUGUCUCGUAAAUUAUACCUUGGUGAAAGAAUUGAAACAUUGAGACUACACAAUCCUUUGAGUAGCUCAUGUAACAAAGACGACUUAGCAAGUAGUAACCCGGAAGCAGCAAUACCUGUUGCUGGUAAUAGUAAUGAAAAAAAGUUUAACGAAGAAGUUAAAAUAGUAGCAGUUGAUUUACAACCAAUGGCUCCUUUACCAGGUGUAAUUCAAAUACAGGGAGAUAUAACUAAGUACUCCACUGCUCAAGAAAUUAUCAAACACUUUGAAGGAUUGAAAGCAGAGUUAGUUGUAUGCGAUGGAGCACCAGAUGUUACUGGACUGCAUUGUAUGGAUGUUUACAUUCAGUCUCAACUGUUACUGGGGGCCUUACAUAUAGCUUGUAAUGUUUUACAAAAGAGGGGAAACUUUGUGGCUAAAAUUUUUAGAGCAAAAGAUAAUGAUAUUCUUACAAAUCAGUUGUUAAUGCUUUUUGAAAGUGUUCAUGUAGCUAAGCCCACAAGUUCUAGGAAUUCAAGCAUAGAGGCAUUUGUUGUGUGUCAAAACUACAACCCACCUGAAGGGUUUGAUCCCACAUGCAUCACACCCUUUCUUGAUGUUUCCAAUAAGAAUUUCUCUAAACUAAGUGGUGUCAACCGCAUUAUCAUUCCUUUUGUUGUCUGUGGUGAUGUCAGUGCUUUUGAUUCAGACACAACAUAUCCAUUACAGCUUGAAGGGGAAGAAAAAUAUCAAUACAGAGAACCUGUUCAACCCCCUAUUGCACCCCCGUAUUCCUUAUUUAUGCAUAAGAAGCUUACCACUGGAAAAAUUAGUCAAGAUGAUAAAAGUCUUGAAAAUGAUCUGUAUCAUGUGGCAGAUUACAAGAGGGACAAAAAUAAAAUGAGUUACAUGACUCCAAUGAUUCAAAAUAUUGUGGAAUCUGAUAACUCUCCAUUGUCAAAUUCGAUUUUAAAUAAUGAAGAAUUGCUAGAAGACAAUUCCUCAGCAUCAGUUUUUUCACCUGAUACAGUUAAAGAAAAAAUUGAACAGAGCGAAAAUUUUCCUCUAUUUGAAUCUUUAGACUUGCCUUUUAAGGAUGCAGAACAGGAAAUUAUGGCUUUAAGAAUUAGUAGUGAAAAAGAAAACAACGAGGAUCUUGAACUACCUAAGAAAGAAAACAUUUUAUCCCAAUAUCAAUCAAGAACGAGCAAUACAGGAAUAUCAGAAGAAGAAAAUGAUCCAGAAACAAAUCAAAAGAGACAGUGGUUGGAAUUAUUUUUGCAGGCAAUUCAAGAUGAUGCUGAUGACCCAGCUAAUAUGGAAGAAAUAGACAGGAAACUUAAGGAACUUAGGGCUCAGUCUCAAAAUAUACAGAAAUCCACGUGUUUAGAAUGUACAAGUAAUAUUAAUUUUUAAUAUUUAAAGUCAACUGUCUUUUAAAAAUAGUUCAACUAAACAAUAUGUAAUGGUUUCUCAUUUAAUAAAUUUAUGUUUCCACACAA